GUGUUGGGUCGGCGUCCGGGGUCUCGACCGGCUCUCUCAGAACCUGCGGCGCAGUCGGCCCCCAGCACGAGCGCGGGUGCCCCGCGCUGAGCCCGCCCUGAGCUGAGCGUUAACUGGAGGAGGCCCCUUUACAGAGGCUAAGUCCGCGCGGCGACGCCGGGACAAAUUCAGCCCAUUGUGCAGGCGCGGUUGAUGAGGCUUGGAAGUCCGCACUUUGCAGCCCCACGCAGAGAUCCGCUACGAGACAGCUCAGAUUUUUCUCUCCGCUCGCCUGCAGCUACGGCUCCGUGCGUGCACUUCGCCAGUCCCUGCCCUCUUCCCCGCUCCUCGCCUCGACACCUACGGGCGUUCUUAAAUUACUUGUCCGGCGGAGGUCAGGCGGCCGUCCUCAGGAAUGAACUACAACUCCCAUGAGGUACUGGGGCCGCGCAGGCGCGUUGAGGUUCAGCCACCCCUGCGCUGGGAUUCCAUUGGCUGGGAAAACUCCGAGCUUGGAGUCCUGAUUGGCUGAGGGGCCUGAGGCGACAAAUUCCGGAAAGGGGAAGAGCAGCCAACAUGGCGGCGGAGCACGGCGCGGGCCAGCAACUGUCGCAGGAGAUGAUGGAGGGACAAGAGCUGCCUGUGGAUAUGGAAACCAUUACCCUGGACAGAGAUGCAGAGGACAUUGACCUGAAUCACUACCGCAUUGGAAAAAUUGAAGGAUUUGAGGUUCUGAAGAAAGUGAAGACUCUCUGCCUCCGUCAAAAUCUAAUUAAGUGCAUUGAGAACCUGGAGGAGCUGCACAGCCUCCGAGAACUGGACCUGUAUGACAACCAGAUCAAGAAGAUAGAGAAUCUGGACACACUAACAGAGCUGGAGUGAGUCCCAAGCCCCAGGGAUGACCUGGGGCUGACCAGUGUCCCCAG